CAUUUAUUCUACUAAACAUCACGAGCCGAUUUUCACAAAACAAAUAAUGCGAAGUUCUGUAUAAAUAAAAAUCAAAUGAAGUAGAAGAAAAUGUAAAUUAAAUUUAAAUAUGUAAACUUUAAUAUUUGGAGUGUUUAAAUCACCUUAAAUGUAUUAAAAUAAUUGUAUUUUUAAAUACAAGACGGGUGAUAAAAUCAGAUGGCAUGCAAAUAUGGUUUUUGAAGAUACUGAAACAGUUUUAAGCUUUAACAUAAGUCAUUUAAUGUAAAAAAACUUUAAACAAAUCCACGCGUUUAUAAAACAAGAAACACAUAACCAUAUGCAUUCGAAAAAUGUGUGUGAAGGAAAACUACCCUCAGCAGAUUUAGACUGCAAUGAUUAACUGGCCUGUGUUUUAACAUUUCCGUGUUUACAUCGACACAGCUGAAAAGUUUAUUUAUGCAUCGAAGUUAUGAAUCAAAAGUGAGUGACAGUAAGAGUCCAUGUACUGACACCAGCAGCAAUAUGCGGGAGUGUAGCCUACAGGAUCACAACAAAACUCUGAACUCUGAGCCGGUUCAACUGCAGCCAUUCAUACAUCAGGUUGGAGGUCACAGCUGUGUGCUAAGGUUCAAUGAGACGACCCUGUGCAAGCCUCUCAUCACCAGAGAACAUGUCUUCUAUGAGUCUGUGCCUGCAGAACUCAAGGAAUUCAUACCAGACUACAGAGGCACAAUAGAGGUGGGCCUUCACAAAGAUGACUAUGGUCAAAUAACAUUCAUUGGCUACGUGAAUGGGGGUCAGCGUAUUGGUCAGACCCUCCAUCGGUCGUCUCCCAAGCUGUACCAGCGCGGCACCUCCCCGAACUCCAGUGAGAGUGAGAGUGAUGCCUCACACAGCCCUGUACCGGUGAAGAAAAAGAAACCAGCAAUAGCCACUGAUAAUGCUGCAUUUAGCCCUAUACAACAGCCAGGUGUUGAUAACAGCCCUCCGCCAGGUAUCAUGUUCCAUUCCCCUGACCCCAAGGGAAGUCAGACGGCAGCUGGCUGCAACCCAUGGAGUGUCCACUCUCACAAGCGUCAACUGGCCGCAAUGAAGAAGGAAAAUACGGAGUCUAACUUGCAGAAGUUCAUCCUGCUUGAGAAUGUAGCAGCCAAGUUCAAGUACCCAUGCAUCCUGGACCUCAAGAUGGGAACACGGCAGCACGGAGACGACGCGCCCGAGUCCAAGAAGAUCAGCCAGACUCGCAAGUGUCAGAUAACUACCUCCAGCGCAGUCGGUCUGCGUCUUAUUGGAAUGCAGGUGUAUCAGUCCACAUCAGGGCAAUAUGUCUGUCAGAACAAAUACUUUGGGAGGAAAUUGACUGUCGAAGGUUUUAAGGACGUCUUGGAAUCAUUUUUAUUUGACGGCAGAAAAAUGCGUGUUGAACUACUUCCACCAAUAUUGAGCAGACUAAGAAACCUGUGUCAAAUAGUUGAAAAACAAGACUCAUUUCGAUUCUACUCUAGUUCUCUACUUAUAAUGUAUGGUGGAAUAGAGUGGUCUAAAUCUGACAAUGAUGAAGACCCUUUACAGUCUUCAGCGAAUUGUGAAGCUGCCUCAGACUGUAAGGGGCAACCACCAUGUCAGUGUGAAAGCGAUGUGGUUGACAUACGCAUGAUUGACUUUGCUCACUCGACCCACAGAGGCUUUCAUGAGGACACCGCACACAGCGGAGUGGAUCAGGGAUAUCUGUUCGGGGUGAGAAAUCUCAUAGAGAUCUUCAACAACAUUCAACACAAAUAUUCAGUGCCGCAAAAUAAACAUGACUGACAGUUUAUAGAUAAAAUAAGCAUUUAUGUUUAAAUACUGGUAAUCACUCUUUCUGGUUUACAAUGGUGUGAUUUCAGUUUGAGUUUUGUGUCACAAAUAGUUCUUGAAUGGAUUGAUGAAAUUUGAGGAUAUUUGGUGGACAAAGAAAUGGGGGAAGGGUAUUUUCCUCUCCUGAGGUGUUACCUAAUUCAAGGUCCCGGGAAAUGUUUGUGAUAUAUGAUGCGUUGAGAUUUAGAAUGUACUUUUUAGCGAGACUGUUUUUCGGAGAAAACCCGAGCUAUUGUUAUAGUCAGCUCGCCGUCCGACGUCCGCCAUAGGCAUCGUGCUUAAACCUUAACAUUGGCCAUAACUUUUUAAAUAUUGAAGAUAGCACCAUGAUAUUUGGCAUGCAUGUGUAUCUCAUGGAGCUGCACAUUUUAAGCGGUAAAAUUUCAAGAUGAACAUCAUCCUUCAAGGUCUAGGGUGCAAAAAACAAAGUCAAGGGAAGUAAUAAGCUUUAAAUGGACAUAGUUAUCUGACCUGCCCACGUAUAUAUUUUUGUUAAAUAAAUCAAAGCAGCGCAGUAGGGGGCAUUGUGUUUCUGACAAACACAUUGUGGUAAAAGGUCAAGGUCAUCCUUUACGGUCUACGGUAAAAAAUACAGAUUUAAGGAAAGUAACAAGCUUUAAAAAGGGAGAAAAUUAUUCAAUAUUGAACAUAGCCACUUUAUAUAUUUGGCAUGCAUGUGUAACUCAUGGAGCUGCACAUUUUGAGUGGUCUACAGUCACGGUAGUGGCUUUUAAUUAUUUGCUACUAAAAAUAGAGAUUGGUUACAGACAAUUAUUUUCAAGGGAAGUAAUUUAUAUAAUUAUAAAUCUCAUAUUAUAUAUUUCCUAUCCAAGAAUUGAAGUUCUUUUCACAGUUACUGUACAGAUUUAUUAUUUUGAUUAUUUAUAAUCCAAAUGAUUGAUUUGUCAAGGUUUUUUUUUAAAUGAUAUAAUUAUAAUUUCUUUGAUGUUCAUUACAUACCUGCAGACUUAUGUCCAUAGAUGCAUGAUCAUAUCUGGCUAUGAUCUCUUUUUGUGUAUUAUAUAUUUCACAAGAUACCGGGACAUACACGCACGCUUACACGCGCACACAAAAAACACACGCGCACACACACACGCAUACACACACACACACGCACGCACGCACGCACACACACUCAUGCGCGAAAGUGAGCAUAUACUUGUUAACAAUCUCAUUUCAUCAACAAGAAGGCGUACAAACUACACUUUUUUAUUUUUUUGGUGAAAAAUCAGUGUUACACACACACACACACAGUAAAACACACCAAUGCAUGGCUACAUGCAAGCAACCACGCUCUCUCGAAUACAAACGAAUUACCAAUUUUAUUCUUUUUGUUCAAAAGAAUUUUCAACAUGUUUGGUUGUUGUAUCUAAUGUAUGUUUAAUGUAGUUCUGUUGUUUUUUCUCUGUCCCUUUAGAUGUUUUAUAUAUUUUCACAAAACACCGGGACAUAUACGCGCGCCUACACACGCACAAAAAUCACACACACGCACACUCACGCACACUCACGCACACACACACGCCCGCGCACACAAACACCCACACGCACACACACACGCACACCCGCACACACACAUACACACACGCAUGAACGUACACACACACACACACACGCGCGCAUGAAUGUACAUACACACACACACACACACAUGCACGAACCUGCGCAUAUACUUAUUAACAAUCACAUUAUAUCAACGAGCAGGCGUACAAACUAAACAUAUUUAUUACUUGAGAUUACGGCAUAGGAAACAAAAACACGUACUGUUUAAAUAGGCAAACGCCACGCAAACAUUGUUGUUGUUUUUGCAUGCCAGUGUUUUUUGUGUUUGCGUUGUUCUGUGUGCUGUUUUUCUUUCUCUUAAGCAUUUUUUUACUUGUGUAAUGAUAGUGUUUGUUACACAAUAUAUAUAUUUUUUUUUUUUUGGCGGAACCCUUUCUUCCUAUUUGUCAUUGUAAACAGUUUUUUUUAUCAUGGGUACCCGUUGCUUUUCGGGGUGUAAACAUAACUUUUUUUCUGCUCAUUUUUGUUUCCAUAUUUUGUUUGUAUGUAGAGACAUAUCUUAUCUUACAAUAGAAACUAACUGGAGAUGUUUUAAAUUUGAAACUAACUGGACAAGCACACACAAAUCAUCAUUUACAUCACCCUCCAUUAAAUGAUUAAAUUAUGUACAUUGAAUGUAAAAGGGCUAAACAAUAAAGACAAACGCAUAAAAAUCUUCAAAUGGUUAGACAAAAAAAAAUAUAGUAUAUGCCUUUUACAAGAAUGUCAUUUGACACCUACUUUAGCACAAACCUUAAAAGAUGAAUGGGACGGAGAAAUCUAUCUCAGUGGAAAACAUACUAAUAAACAAGGCAUUGCCUUUCUUAUAAAAAAUAAUAUAGGGAUCACAGUCAAUAACUUUAACGAAAUAAUAAUUGGCAGACAAGCAAGUAUAGAUAUCAAAAUACACGAAACAGAAUUAACAUUAAUUAAUGUUUACGGCCCUAACAUAGAUGAUUCCACAUUCUACGAAACAUUACAAUCCUUUAUAAUUAAUAACCAAGAUAAAAACAUCAUAGUCGGUGGUGAUUUUAAUACUGUUCUUAACCCAUUAUUAGACAAAAAGAGUGGAAACCUUUAUACUCAUCCUAAAAAUAGAAACAUUUUAAAUAACAUAAUUGAAAACUACAAUAUGAUAGACAUCUGGCGUACUAUAAAUCCAAACGAAAGCAAAUUCACCUGGCACUCAAACACAAAACCAACAAUAUUUUGUAGAUUAGACUAUUUUUUAAUAUCUGAAUCUCUUUGCAACAUUAUUGACACAUGUAACAUAAAACCAGGAUUUAUGACUGACCACUCUCUAGUUGAACUUAAACUGCACAAUAUACUUCCUGAAAGAGGCCCAGGAUACUUUAAAAUUAACAAUAGCAUCUUAUUAGAUACACAAUAUCAAACACAAAUAAAACAGGAAAUAUUAAAUACAGUUCAAAAUAAUAAAGAUGCAAACCCAAACACCUUAUGGGAAGUAAUUAAAGGAAAUAUACGUAACACAACAAUUAGAUACACAUCAUUUAAACAAAAAGAAACACACAAACUUGAAACUGAAACCAUCAAAACCAUUGAAACACUUGAAAAACAAUUGCAUCAAACAAACACAAAUGAUACCACCGACAUUGAAAAUGAAAUAACAUUAAAAAAACAAAUAUUAGAUGGAAUCUAUCAUACACAUCUCAAUGGAAUAAUACUAAGAGCGCGUGCACAGCAUGUUGAACACAAUGAAAAAAAUACAAAAUAUUUCGCAAACAUUGAAAAACGUAGAAGUGAACAAAAAACUGUACACAAAUUAGUAGUCAAUGGCAAAGAUAUAACAAACAGAACUGAAAUACUAGAAGAAGAAACCCUCUAUAAACGAAAAAAUGUUGAAAAUAACACCCUUUUUAAAAAUACACAUCACGCUUUAAACCAAGAGGAAAAACAACUGUGCGACGGAUUGCUUAAUGAAUAUGAAUGUGGAUUAGCCCUAAAAGAAAUGCAAAAUAACAAAAGCCCAGGAUCUGAUGGCAUCACAAUCGAGUUUUAUAAAAUAUUCUGGAAUGAGAUAAAAACACAUCUAAUUAAUUCACUUAACUAUUCAUUUAACAACGAAAACUUAACUACGCUACAAAAACAAGGUAUUAUAUCGCUUAUUCCAAAACCUGGAAAAAACUUAGAAUCCUUAUCAAACUGGCGCCCGAUUAGUUUACUAAACAAUGAUUAUAAAAUUGCAACUAAAAGUAUAGCAAACAGAAUUUAAAAAAUAUUACCAUCAAUCAUUUCAAAAUCUCAAUCUGGUUUUAUAAAAGGACGUUACAUUGGUGAAAACGUUCGUCUUAUCCAAGAAUGCAUAAACUAUUUCAACAAUUCAAAUAAUCCUGGUCUAAUAUUCUUUGCAGACUUUGAAAAGGCAUUCGAUUCGCUUGAUCAUUCAUUUAUGUUCUCUUGCUUAGAAAAUAUGAACUUUGGUGAAAGUCUCAUUCAAUGGGUCAAACUAUUCUAUACCGAUAUUAACAGUAUAAUCAUUAACAAUGGCUUCUUUUCAAACAGUUUUAACAUCGAACGAGGGGUUCGACAAGGAUGUCCACUCUCAUCAUCGCUAUUUAUUAUUUGCAUCGAGUAUCUAUCACAUCAAAUCCAAUCAAAUAAACACAUAAAAGGCAUAUCACUAGAACCUGACGAAGAAAUCAAACAAUCCCUAUUUGCUGACGAUGCAACUUAUUUUUUAAACGACAAUUACGAUUCUUUCCAUAACCUAAUAGAGUCGCUAACCCUUUACGGAAUGACAUCGGGUCUUAAACUAAACAAAAGUAAAUGUACUGUGCUACGAGUAGGUAAAUUAAAACAAAGUACUGUUCAAUAUAAAAAAGAAAUGAAAUUUUAUUGGACAUCCGAUGAAGCCACAACGUUAGGCAUUACUUUCACAAAUAAUGAAAAGGAUACAGUUCUUAAAAACAUACUUCCUAAAUUACAGAAUUUUAAAAACUGCUUAAAAUCAUGGCAUCAUCGUAAACUUACACUAAUCGGAAAAAACACAGUAUUGAAAACGUUUGCACUUCCUAAAUUAAUAUAUGUAUUAACAGUUCUCCCAAAUCCACCAAACGAUGUAAUUAACGAUAUAAAAUCAGCAAUAUUUAAUUUCAUAUGGGACGGUAAGCCUGAUAAAAUAAAAAGAACUCGGUUAAUUCAAUCUGUAGAAAAUGGAGGUAUCCAAUUAACGAACAUUGACUCAUUCUUGAAUGCAAUCAAAUGCAGCUGGGUUAAAAGAUACCUAGAUAAUACCAAUACGAGUAAAUGGAAAUUAUUCUACCAAAAAAUCCUUAAAAAAUAUGGUGACUCCUUACUCUUUGAAUGUAACAUCAGCAAUACUAUCUUACAUGAAAUUGCAAACGAAAACAUAUUUCUGUCUGAUGUUCUAUCAGCGUGGAGUGAUGUCACUCAUAACUUAGAAACCCAAACCAGCAGUAAAACAAUUUUAUGGAACAAUAAAGACAUAACUUCAAACAAUAAUACGUUUUUCUAUAAAGAUUGGUUUGAACGAAGCAUUAAAUAUGUCGACCAAUUAUAUGACUACAGAAUUAAGGAUUUCUACUCUUUUGAUAAUAUAUGCUACAUAUAUGGAAUACCUUCAAAUAAUUUUCUGAAGUACUACACACUAAUCAAAAGCAUACCCAUACAUAUUAAAUCUGAAAUCAAUACAAAUAAUACACCAUGUACUCAAACAACAUUUGUAGAAAACAUACUUGGAAGAAAAAACAAAACAAAUAAAAUAUUUUACACACUACAAAUUAAAAACCCUACAGAAAACUCCAAAAUCCAAAAUAAAUGGCAAGACCUUUUUGUAGAAAAUGAACUUAAUUGGAAACACAUAUUUACCAUGCCAUAUAAAGCAACCAUUGAAAGCACACUGAGAAAUUUUCAAUAUAAAUACAUCCAUAGAAUUAUAGCUACAAAUAAAUA